CUGCCUGUUCACCUCCUGCCCGCCAGCGAUCAUUCGAUACAUCAUCGCGUGGAAUAGGGGCAUGCGCGGGGGAACGCUGUAUAAGACAUGCGCUUGCGCCCGUCGUCCGGGGAGGACAGCCAGACAGUCGACAGUGGACAGUGGACAGUGGACAGAAUUCACAUUCCCACCAUCAUCAUGGAUCGAUACCCCAGCUCCAGCUACGACGACGCCGCCUCGUUGCGCUCGUACCCUUCCACCGUCGCCCUCGACGAUUAUCCCCCACCACUACACUCCCAUCCCCCUUCGCUCAUCUCCGGCUUCCCCCGUCCCCCCAGCCGCGCGCACAUCCUCGACCAUCCCCAUCCCCAUCCCCAUCCCAAUCCCAACCCUAACCCUAACCCGACCAGCCUCACCUCGCGGCCUUCGCUCAAAACCCUCCGUCGCAACUACAUGGUCAACGAGCUGCCCCUCCUGCAACAGCAGAACCCCUACGACGGCUCCGAGCAAUUCCACCCCGUGCAGGAAGCCGGGCUCAGCUACGACCUGAUCGCGCCCUUCGACGCGACCACCGACGCCCCGCUGCACGAUCUCGAGCGCCUGGCGGACCUGAUGUUUUCGCCCGAACACAUGCUGUCGCUGCUCAACAACCCGCGAUAUCUGGCGCGCUUCCGCGAGUUCCUCCUGGAGGAGCGCCCGCGCUCUCUCCGGCUGCUCACCUACUACCUCAACGCGCGCAAGGCGCUCAAGGCCAUCGAGUACGCCAACGCGCUGGUGCGCUGCUGCAUCGACCUCCCUCUCCCCGCCCUCCCCGUCGCCGAGCAGAUCGGCGAGACCACCCAUCCGGCCCUGCAGCGGCGCGUCCAGGAAGCCCUGCAGGCCCUGACCGACGAGGAACUCCCCGCGUUCAUCACCUCGCGCUGCAUCAACAUCACCAGCCGCGUCGUCGAGGAGCGCGUCCGCGGCACCCUCCCGCAGAAGUUCCAGGGCACGUCGGACGCCCUGGCCGAGGUGUUCUGUCUGACGGAUCCGUCGAGGCGCGAUAAUCCGAUUAUUUUUGCCUCGGAGGAGUUCCACCGCACCACGCAGUACGGAAUGGACUACGUCCUCGGUCGGAAUUGUCGAUUCCUUCAAGGGCCUCAUACGAAUCCGUGCAGUGUGCGACGGAUCCGAGAGGCGUUGGCGGCAGGGAGACAUCAUUCGGAGCUAUUCUUGAAUUAUCGCCGCGACGGCUCCCCCUUCAUGAACCUCCUCCAAUGCGCCCCCCUCUGCGACAGCCACGGCACAGUACGAUACUUCAUCGGCGCGCAGAUCGACGUCAGCGGACUUGCCAUGGACGGCGCGCAAAUGGAGUCUCUGCGCGCCCUGCAGGAGAAACAGCGACGCCGCGACGAAGGCCUCACCGACACCGACACCACCACCGACACCACCUCCUCCUCCACCAAGACGGACGCCGACACCGAACCCGAACCCACAACCGACAUCGACAACGACAUCGACCACGACAACGACACAGUCAUGGACACCGGAUCCCCGGCCCAGAAAACACCCGUCCAGCCUGCCCCCCCCACCGACGAAUUCCGGGACCUGAGCGAGCUGUUCAGCCCGCGCGAGCUGGGGGUGGCGCGCGACGUCGGCGGGAAUCUGUUCCAGCCGGUGACGGCGGCUUUGGAUCGCACCUUUCAGGGACAUAGUCGGACGUGGUCGAUGGCGGAUACGGUCGAGAUGGAGGCGAUUAAGGAAAAGGAUUUGAAGGCGGAGUUGUUUAAGGGGUCGUUGACGGGGGUUUAUGAGAAUUACCUCCUCGUCCGACCGUACCCCUCCCUCCGAAUCCUAUUUACCUCCCCCUCGCUACAGAUCCCCGGCAUGCUGCAGACGUCCUUCCUGUCGAGGAUCGGGAGCAGUUCCGCGGUGAGAGACGAGCUGCUGCAUGCGCUGAUGAGCGGGAGGAGCGUCACGGCCAGGAUCAAGUGGGUGACACGGUUCAAUGCGCAGGGCAGAGAUCGCUGGGUUCAUUGCACGCCGCUGCUGGCGAGUAAUGGGGAAGUCGGGGUUUGGAUGGUCGUUGUGGUGGAUGAGGAGUGAGAGUUGGAAAAAUUGAGAUGGGAGUUAAGGGGGAGGGGGAGGGCUGUAGGCUGCGGUGCAUUUUUCUGGUUCUUUUGGUAAAUAGUAUAGGGAUUUCAGUUGGGUUGGCGGGUCUCAGGCUAUUAAGUAAUGUAAC